UCGAUACGAUCAUCAUGAAAAACGUAUUCCUUUUUAUUGUCUACUGUUUGAUAAGCACCGGCUUUGCUAAGCCGCCAGUGUUCCUAAGCUAUCAAGAUAGCCUGGGCCAAUACAGUUUCGGCUACAGCGCGCCAGGAUCAGCCAGAUCGGAGGUCAGAACGUCCAAUGGUGCGACCAGAGGCACUUACAGCUACGUCGACGGAACCGGUGUUAUCCAGACUGCGCAAUAUUUCGCCGAUGGUGAGAAUGGAUUUCAAGUAAUCGCGACGAAUCUCCCGCAGGCACCGCUUCCGGUCCAAGACACACCGGAGGUGAUGGCUGCGCGCACCGCGCAUCUUCAGGCCUUGGAAAUGGCACUCAAGAGAGACGAAGAGGCUCAGCAUCGUGAAGAGAAUCAGGAGAAUGCACUCGAGAAGAAAAUCGUAGGAGAUCAAGGUGAUGCAGGUCUCCAUAGGAAGCUAGGACAGUUGGGAGCUACCAUCACGAAAAUUGCAUUGAACGAAGGGGAGCGGAAAGUGUUGGAGAACGCGAAGAAUAUCGAGCCGAAGGAUAGCGACGAGACUCUGCAAGCAAUUGCAUCGAAAAGCGGCAUUGACAAAGCAAGCGAGAAGAGUACGCAAAAGGAAUUCGUUGGAAGAUUAUCGCAGGAAAUUAUCGACGGCUCAAAUAUCCCAGCGAUCCCAUUAAUCUACUCGCACGUGCCGCAAUCUCAGGUGUCGAGACAACAGGCGGUGCCGAUAUUUCGGAUCUCUUAUGGAAACUACGAGCUGGAGCCUUCUGUUAUAUUGGAGUCAUCGAUCACUCAAGGCGCUUCCGAUGUAAUCACACCAGCGGCAACGGCCUUGAAGAGCGCAACGGUGAUUUCGACCAAGGAAGCAGAGACGCCGAAGAAAAAGCAACUGUCGCAACGUACGACUAGUACGACCGAACAAAUUCGCACCGUCAAUCCUUUGUCGAUCGCACCGCUGAACGCGAUUCCACUAAGUUCUUCGCAAUCAAGCAUCAUCAGAUACGUACCAUCGACGCCUCUCCACUAUGUCACUUACAACGUUCUGUAGACAUCUUAGAAAUAGCCUGGAAAUCCGAUCCAUAGAAAGCUAAAAGAGAUUGCAUUAAUUGGAAUUCUGGCAGAAAAUAGACAAUCAGAAUUUUCUGGUUAAAUCUACCAGAAUUCUGAUUGAUAUAUGAUCAAAAUCUUCUGAUUCAUUCAUUUUCAAUCAGAACUUUUUCUCACUGACUGGAACAAAAAGCUUGAACGAUCUGAAAUAAUUAAAUUGGAUUGGGGACUCUCUUCUUUUGCGUUUGUCAAGAUAUUUUUAUUCUUCUUUACAAAAUAAUGCAGGAUGCUGUCGGACAAUACAACGGAGUAGUACACGUAUACGAUCGAUACUAAGGAUAAAGGACAAUCAAAAUCAGCAUCGUCGUCGCCAUCGCCGCCAUCGUCAUGGAGAUUAGUAUAGCAUGAGAAAUAAUGUUAAGCGUAUAAAUGAGAUGUAUUAAAUAGUAAGACUUAAAGGAAAAAGAUCUGGCGUAGCUCCUUACAUAACUGUCGAAUAACUGAUGAGAGAGACUGAUUAAGAAUCAAUGUAAAAUGUCCAAUAAUAAAAUCAUGAAACUACUACAUAUAACAACCGUUGCACUUACACGAUAUGACAAUCAGAACGAAGCGUACUUUCAACAUUUCAAUCGUGUUCAAGAGAUAUCAGAACGAUUUGAACAUGAAUGGAAAAUACCAAUGUGAAAAUUUUACUUAAACUCCGUCUCGUGAGUCUUAAAUCUUUGAUUGAAUUGUUCCCAAAAAAACGGAGCUGGUGAUUCGAAAAGACAAACGUUAUUCCCAACGCAACGCAACGUUGCCUCGUUAGAUGUACUCAUUUUCAAAAUUAUGUUAAGCUCAUAUCAGACUAAAGAUUGAGAUUCAGAUUAGAUUAGAAUUUGACUAAUCAAAAUAAAUUUGUUCACUAAAUUUGAGAUUGGGCUGAGAAAAAUUUCUAUUUGAAAAUGAACGAACUAUAAGAAGGUUCUAAUAAUGUUAAUCAAAAAUCUGAUUGUCUU